AUGGCCCAGCCUGAGAGCCAGGACAGCUGGCCAAAUGCUGAGGGCAUCAGUAACCCGGCGCUGGGGGGUGUGGCUGCUCAAGUGACCACACCCACUCUUGAUGAAGCUGAGCACGCUGGGGCCACAGCCAAGAAGAAAAGCAAACCCUUGAACCUCAAGAUCCACAGUGGCCUGGGCAGCUGUGAGAACAUUGCGUCUCAGCAGCGCUCCCCACUCCUGUCCGAGCGCUCCCUGCGCUCCUUCUUUGUGGGACAUGUGCCCUUCCUGCCCUCCACCCCGCCCGUCCACACCGAGGCCAACUUCUCUGCAAAUACCUUGUCAGUGCCGCGAUGGUCCCCGCAGAUCCCACGCAGAGACCUGGGCAAUUCUAUCAAGCACAGAUUUUCCACGAAGUACUGGAUGUCUCAGACAUGCACAGUCUGUGGGAAAGGAAUGCUUUUUGGCCUGAAGUGUAAAAACUGCAAGUUAAAGUGCCACAACAAAUGCACCAAAGAAGCCCCACCCUGUCAUCUCCUGAUCAUCCACCGAGGGGAUCCAGCAAGGUUAGUCCGGACAGAGUCGGUCCCAUGUGACAUCAACAACCCUGUAAGGAAGCCACCCCGGUAUUCAGACCUGCACAUCAGUCAGACGCUCCCCAAAACCAACAAAAUCAACAAGGACCACAUCUCUGUCCCUUAUCAGCCAGACUCCAGCAGCAACCCCUCGUCCACGACAUCUUCCACGCCCUCCUCUCCAGCGCCUCCCCUCCCUCCUAGUGCCACGCCGCCUUCUCCCCUCCACCCUUCCCCACAGUGCACCAGGCAGCCGAAGAACUUCAACCUGCCAGCAUCCCACUACUACAAAUACAAACAGCAGUUCAUCUUCCCAGAUGUGGUGCCUGUGCCAGAGACACCGACGCGGGCACCACAGGUCAUCCUGCAUCCUGUGGCCUCGAAUCCAAUCUUGGAAGGAAAUCCUUUACUUCAAAUUGAAGUGGAGCCAACCUCAGAGAACGAGGAAGGUCACGAGGAAGCCGAGGAGUCUGAGGAUGACUUUGAAGAGAUGAACCUGUCCCUCCUGUCAGCGCGGAGUUUUCCACGCAAGGCCAGCCAGACCAGCAUCUUUCUUCAGGAGUGGGACAUCCCCUUCGAGCAGCUGGAGGUCGGUGAGCUCAUCGGGAAAGGCCGCUUUGGACAGGUGUACCACGGCCGCUGGCACGGGGAGGUGGCCAUCCGACUGAUUGACGUCGAAAGAGAUAAUGAGGACCAACUGAAGGCCUUCAAGCGGGAGGUGAUGGCCUACAGGCAGACGAGGCACGAGAACGUGGUUCUUUUCAUGGGUGCCUGCAUGAGCCCGCCCCACCUAGCUAUCAUCACCAGCCUCUGUAAGGGACGGACCCUCUACUCUGUGGUGAGGGAUGCCAAGAUAGUCUUGGAUGUCAACAAAACCAGGCAGAUUGCCCAAGAAAUUGUGAAGGGCAUGGGCUACCUCCACGCCAAAGGCAUCCUUCACAAGGACCUCAAAUCCAAGAAUGUCUUCUACGACAAUGGUAAAGUGGUCAUCACAGACUUCGGACUUUUCAGCAUUUCUGGGGUCCUGCAGGCUGGCAGGCGGGAGGACAAACUGCGCAUCCAGAAUGGCUGGCUGUGCCACCUGGCUCCGGAGAUCAUCCGCCAACUGUCCCCUGACACGGAAGAGGACAAGCUGCCCUUUUCCAAACACUCCGACGUCUUUGCACUGGGCACGAUCUGGUACGAGCUCCACGCCAGAGAGUGGCCUUUCAAGACCCAACCGGCAGAGGCAAUAAUCUGGCAGAUGGGCACAGGCAUGAAGCCCAACCUCAGCCAGAUAGGCAUGGGGAAAGAGAUCUCGGAUAUUCUUCUGUUCUGCUGGGCCUUUGAACAGGAGGAGCGGCCCACCUUCACCAAGCUUAUGGACAUGCUGGAGAAACUGCCAAAACGGAACCGUCGUCUGUCCCACCCCGGGCAUUUCUGGAAAUCUGCAGAGUAG